AUGAGAACCCACACCGGGGAGAGGCCCUACGAGUGUGAUAAAUGCAGAAAGGGGUUUCAGACCAGCUCUGAUCUCCUCAGGCACCAGCGCACUCACACAGAGGAAAGGCCCUUCCUCUGCCCUGACUGUGGGAAAGGCUACAAGUACAACUCCUCCCUUGUCAGCCACCAGCACACGCACACCCAGGAGAAGUCCUGUGAGUCUCCCGAGUGUGGGAAGAGAUCCAGCCACAAGUCGAACCUGAUUGUCCACAAGAGGAUCCACACUGGCGAGAGGUCUUACGAGUGUGGGGAGUGUGGGAAGAGAUUCUGUCAGCGCUCCCACCUGGUCUACCACCUCAGGAGCCACGCUGGGAAGAAGCCCAACGAGUGUGAUAAAUGCAGGAAGAGGUUUCAGACCAGCUCUCAUCUUGUCAGGCACCAGCACAUUCACAUGGAGGAGUGA